AUGCCAACGCGAAAGGAGAUAAAAGGAGCAGUCACCUAUACCAACGGCGCCGCGGGAUCCUACGGCGUGGUGUGGUCGGGUAACGCCGGCAAUUGGGUCGGUGGCAAGGGUUGGAAUCCCGGUUCUACGAGGAAUAUCCAGUACACCGCCGACUAUCGUCCCAAUGGGAACAGCUACCUGUCCGUGUACGGCUGGACGACCAGUCCUCUCAUCGAGUACUACAUCUUUGAGAGCUACGGAACGUACAAUUCCUCUGCUGGUGCAACCAAGAAGGGAACGGUCUACUCGGACGGCGCGACGUAUGACAUUUUGACCGCGACGCGCUACAACGCACCGUCGAUCCAGGGGACCAAGACAUUUACCCAAUUUUGGAGCGUCCGCCAAAGCAAGCGUACGAGUGGGACGGUAACGACUGCCAACCAUUUCAACGCAUGGAAGAACUUGGGUAUGAACCUCGGCACGCACAACUAUCAAAUUAUUGCAACGGAAGGAUACCAGAGCAGCGGAAGCGCGACAGUUACUGUCAAGUAA